UUAAGCCAUUUUGGUAGGCCGUACAUGGUGGUUUCAUAUUUCUCCUCGUGGAACAAAAAAAAAAGAAAAACACUCCCCGCUGCAUUUCUAACAGUGCAUUUGAGACGACACGCGCGUUUUGUUGAAGUUGGAUAACUUCGCCAAGCCACACGAGCAGGGCGAGGACGUCCUUUGUUUGGAUCAGUUCGCGUGAGACUGUACGCAGUUUCUAUUACGCGCCACAGUUGAACGGCAUUUGUCCACCGACUAAGAUCCCUGUGGUCCCGUCGAACAAAGGAACGGGGAGGCCGAUGCUCGCUCGUGAGCGCAAUUGGAACGACUAGUAUUUAUGAAAUAACUUGAGGUUCAACCCAUCCCGAAGUAUUUUGUUCUAAUAUUUUAACUUGACCCGUCUUUUCCUAAAAUAUAACGAACCGAUUAGCGUCAUCGGCUCCCGUUAGCCGUUAUUGUGGACAACUAGGUUAGCCGAGUUGCUGACUUCUAACCGUAGCAUACUUUUUUAUUCAAGCGAGAAGUUUUCUGUUUCGAGGCAAAAUGGCGGAAGUAUAUAUUCGAGUGGCGGAGGAGGAAAACGAGGAACCCAUGGAGAUACCGUCCGAGGACGACGGCACUAUUCUGCUUUCAACUGUAUCGGCUCAGUUUCCAGGGGCGUGUGGCCUACGCUUCAGGAGCCCCGUGUCUCAGUGCAUGCGAGGAGUGCGUCUUGUGGAAGGGAUCCUGCACGCGCCAGAAAACGGAUGGGGGAACGUGGUUUACGUGGUGAACUAUCCAAAAGACAACAAAAGGAAAAUGGAAGAAAUUGACGCUUCCUCUGCUGUGAAAAUGAAGAGGGGGGACAUGAAGACAUCUGAUCUGAUCGUACUGGGUCUUCCAUGGAAAACGAGUGAGCAGGACCUGAAAGACUACUUUGGCACAUUUGGAGAAGUCAUCAUGGUCCAGGUAAAACGAGAUGCCAAGACAGGAAAUUCCAAAGGAUUUGGCUUUGUGAGAUUCACAGAGUAUGAGGCACAAGAAAAGGUGGUCUCCCAGCGCCAUAUGAUUGACGGGAGAUGGUGUGACUGCAAGCUCCCUAACUCAAAGCAAGGUCCAGAUGAGCCUUUGAGGAGCCGGAAAGUGUUUGUAGGCCGUUGCACAGAAGACAUGACCACUGAAGACCUACGGCAGUUCUUUAUGCAGUAUGGUGAAGUCACAGAUGUCUUCAUCCCAAAGCCAUUCCGGGCUUUUGCCUUUGUCACAUUUGCAGAUGAUCAGGUUGCCCAGGCUCUUUGUGGAGAGGACCUAAUUAUCAAAGGUGUCAGUGUUCACAUCUCAAAUGCUGAGCCCAAACAUGGCAAUAGGCAGUUUGAUCGUACAACACGAUUUGGGAAUGGUUUUGGAGCUCAAGCAUUUGGUAGCAGCCGUAGUGGGUUAGGGAGCAGCACUAACAGUAGUCUGGCUAAUUUUGGUUCCUUCAGUCUGAACCCUGCUAUGAUGGCAGCUGCUCAGGCUGCCCUGCAGAGUAGUUGGGGGAUGAUGGGUAUGCUGGCUAGCCAGCAGCAGACAUCCACCUCAGGCAGCACCUCCAGUGGAACAAGUUCUAGUAGGGAUCAGAGUCAGUCCUUCAGUACAGGCAACAGCAACUAUGGCACUGGCUCAGCCAGUCUUGGCUGGGGAACAGGGUCAAACUCUGCAACCAGUGGUAGUGGGUUUAGUUCAGGUUUUGGGUCCAGCAUGGAGUCAAAGUCAUCUGGGUGGGGUAUGUAAGUUAUACUAUUUGUAUGGUAAGUAUUGUGACAAAGAUGAGUCUUUUCAAAAAUUUAUUUCUGGUGUUGAUGCGUAUCUGAAAACUUAACACUUUUGUGGAAGAUGUUUUGUACAUUUGGAAAAACUGCUAAAGAUUUAAUUUAGAAAGUGUUGAAGUGAAUUGUUUAUCAGGAUGUCUGACUAAAGUGCUAUUUUUGAUGUCUCAUUUGUUUGUAUCCAUUUCAACUAGAUUCUCUAAUGCAUGUAUUGUGAAAUGUGAUAACCAUUUUGAAAAAGCAUGAAUGUUUGUGGUUCACCAUUAUCCGGCUUUGUCAUCGACUUAAAAAAGCAAUCGUGCAUUGGGAAGAAUCUGGUUGAAAUCUAAAUGUUUUUUAAGUGCAACUUUAUUUACAGUCAAGUUCUGUGGAAAAGCCUUCAUUGAAAUCUCUUCUGCAGUUCACCUCUCUUCCAUUUUCCUGUGAGGAAGCUCCUCUUUGGCAGCAUUCUUGGGGUGAUAUCGGUAUCAUUCUCCCUCUUCCCACCUGUAAAUGCAAUGCCAUCAAAGAACGGCUUCACUCCGCAUGUUCUAAGAGACGGUGGGUGUUUUCACUUUUAUCCACUUUUAAAUGGAAAGAACUGCGCAACUGACAUUUUAAGAACUGAUGAGUGCGAUUGAGGAUGGCUUGUGGCGAAGAGUGAAGAGAUGAGUGAGCGAACGGAGAGACGGACUGGGUGUGCAGUGAAAGAGCCCAAUUUGACUGCUUUUUGAAUGUGUGAGUGGAAGCUGCAGAUGCUACGAGCGCCUCCCCUAACAUGGACAUUCUUUAAGUAGUACUUCAAGAUUUUUUUUUAAUCUACAAGUUUUUCCUUACUUUUUAUUAAGUAUGUCGAUCAAGUGCAGAAAUAUCAAAAUGUAGUGGAAUGUUGUGAUUUGUAUUGCUUAUAUUAUCUGAUUUGAAUGCUGUAUGGUGUGUGCUUUCAUGUUAUUGAACUGAUCUGUGUGUACUUGAUGUGGAUGACACCUGCUGAAGACUCUGGGGGACGUGAGUGAUGGUGUGAGAACGUGGAGUGGUGUGUCCAAUGGUUCCCAGUAGCUCUUGUGUUUGUGAGGUGUUUAAAAACAUGUCAAAUGAAGGGAGUUCUAUAAUAAAGUUCAUUUGAAUAGAUGCUUAGUUAUUAAUUGGGUCAAUUUGUCAAAUAAAAAUGCAUCUAAUUCGAUUCACAUAUCUAGGGACCUUGGGCUCUGCUGGUCGAGGUCUCCGUUUGAACCCUGACUGAAGUCUGUUCUGAAGGAUGAAGACAGAAGUUCCAACACUUUCAGUGUGUGGCCUUCUCAGACAUGACAUGGGGUAGUACCUGUCUUUUUGCUGCUUUUAAUAGCAUGUCGAAGUUAAUGAUCCCUUUUUGAUUAUCCACAGCUACUAGUGGAUUCUUUGUAUGGAGAUCUCAAUGUGGCAAUUUUUUUUCUUCAAUAUUUGGCUUGAGUAACAACUACUGGCACAUUGCUGAACUUUGUAAUUGGUAAUUUUUGGAUGACCGUAUGCCCUUAGUGCUGCUUUACUAGCUACACCUGUACAAUCUAUUGCACAUCAAUACAACAGUCCUGUCAUUUAUACAUUAUGGGAGUUUACAUUUUUUUUGUUUGUUUUUUUAAAGACAAGUGUCAAAUGUGUAAAUGAAAUCAUGUUUUAACGAGUCAUAAAUGGUGCUGUACUGUACUACAUUAUGUUGGGAUGUUUCUAAUUUAUGGUUCUGCCUAUUUACAUAUGAGGGGGGCAGAAUAUUAGAGACAACUGAAUAUACUGCAUACCAGUAUUACAGCAACACUGGAGGUCAUAGGUUAAGGAAGUAUCAACAAAAAAAUUAGAAAAGUAAACAGAAGGAUUUAUUGGAUUAAAUGUAUUAUACAGGUGUGCCUAAUAAAGUGGGCACUGGGUGUACAUAAUGGAUAGUUUGCCUGACUAGCUAUAUUUGCAAUUUCCUAGUGUAAAAUAUGUAGAUCAUUUGAAAAAGAAAACAAGGUAAGUAUAUAAUUUUGCAGAGUUUGUGCAGUUUUGACAAAGCAUUGUACUUUAUAAUCCGAUUACACAUCUUUAUUGUAUGUCAUACUAGUGUCAAUGCACUACGAUGACAUUGCAUCAACAGGACCCACGACUAAGUCAAGUUAUUUCCUCAAUUUUCAGAAAGUGUUGAGAUUUAAUUCUGUGGAAUCCUUGAUAGUUAAAAUGCAUAAUUACCAUAAAGUGACUGGCACGGUUGACACUUAACUAAUCGUCAUGUAUUGGUCAGCUUUAAUGUUUAUUUGAAUGUUGGGCACAAGUGAGACACUACAGGUCUGCCUGUGUCUUGUCCUUAUUCUCUGCUCUCCUCCGUGUCUCUGCUCUUCCUCUUCCCAGUAUUCUUCUUUUUCAAAUCCCUCUGCUCCUGGUUCAGUUCUUCACUUUUAUUUUGUAUGUAGAUGGACUGAAAUAAAGGCAAAUUAAACAUUA